AUGAGCGAGCUGAACGACUUCGACCAGUUCAACUUCAACGGGUACGAUGGCAGCAAGGGGGGCCCCACGGAGGAAAAGAACGUAGUGGCGCCCGGCGGAGGGUACCAAAUGAGUGACGAAUUAGGAUUAUCCAACGAGCUGAAUGAAAGCCUUAUGGAGAAGAGCCCCAACUACAACCACAUGAAUAUGUCGCUCAACAGCAUCUAUAGCGACCUGAAUGUAGCGAAAAGGGAGUUGGACGAAACAGGCAGCAGCAGUAACAAGUACAAAAUGGGAGAGCACAAAAUGGGAGAGCCCAAAAAUGACAGCUCCAAUAAAGCUACAACAUCCUUUAAGAAGGAAAGCCAAAUGUCCUUCGAAAAUGCAUAUGAACAAUUUUACGAAAAGGAAUCAGACAUAUCAGACACGGAAGAAUCUACCACGUGGGAAUCUGAAAGGCUAAAAAGGAUAGAAGAAAGGAAGGAGUACGAAAAAAAUAAAAAAAUUGAAAUAAAGAAGAAGGCCGCGGAAGACCUAAAAAAAUGGUAUGAAGAAAUGGCCAUCGUAAUUGAAGAGAAAAAGAAAUUGUCGAAGAAAAAAAAAAAUGAAGAAAAAAAAAAGGAAGAAAAUUUCGAAAACAAAACUUGGCUGAAGGUGUCCCAGUACUUGGACCUAGACAAGGGGGAGUAUUUUAAGGAGAACAGCCGCAUGAAGCAGGUCCUCCUCAAGCUCAUGAAAAGCGAGGGUUCCUGA